AUGUCCACUCAAUUUCCAACUUUAUCCGUUCCGAAUUGGCAGAGUCUCAUCACUGGUGCUCGACCGUCGUUACAUGGACGUAUAGGCAAUGAUAAUUUAACACCGUAUACAUUCGAUUCUAUCUUUACCUCAUCAAUGAACGUCGGAAUGAAGAAUGGAAUUAGUGGUGAUGCAUGGUGGUCCAUUCUACUGAAUGGUCAUCUGACUCCAUUCUACGGAGAUGGUACCAGUCCUACAUUAACGAACAAUUUUGGUGAUGCAUCCUAUACUCAUGGUCACAGUGAUCGUAAUAAAGACAUCGCUUAUAAUCAACGAUUCCAUGCUGCAAUUAACAGUCAAACAGUAGUACGUCGAUCGAAUGGAUCGUAUGACAUUAUUCAAUUCGACUAUGAUUUGUUCUUAUCUUACUAUGGUGAUAUUGAUGGUGUAUCUCAUUCAUUUGGAGCUCAAUCAUCGCAGACACAAUCAGCCAUCGAUGAUAAAGUGGCGUUCGUUCGCGCAGGUAUCAAUGCAAUCACUGCAAUUGAUGCGGUGACACAGACUCGCACUGUAUUUAUUAUAACAAGUGAUCACGGGCAUGUCAACGUUGGUGGUCAUGGCGGUGAUGCACAUACAUUAAAAACCGUUCCUCUCAUUGUAUAUGCGAAGGACUCUCAACUGGCUUCUGUACAGAAUUCAUUACCCAUUUAUUCCACAUUUGACACGGUUGAUAUAGCUACAACUAUUGCUGCUCUCUUGGGCGUACCAGUACCACGUCAAAGUGAAGGAUCUUUCAUUUCACCGCUCAUUUCCGCUCUUGUACCUGCAUCGAAAUGGCAUCAUUUUUGCUUUGAUGAUCAUCGGUAUAUGGUGGUUGAUGAUGAUGAUCGCACUAUUGGUCAUCUUUGCCAAUGUGUACCGUCCUACUGA